AUGUUCACGGAAUUGGGUUCAAUGUACCUGGUGUUGUCAGUAGUAGAACUGGUCGUUGGAAUGCUGGGGAACGUGUUCAUUGGAGUGGUAAAUUGUUUGGAGUGGGUCAAGGAUCGAAAGGUCUCCUUAGCUGACAGCAUCCUCACCUGUUUGGCUGUCUCCAGAAUUAGUUAUCUGUUGGUGGUGUUGUUUGAUUCAUUUAUAACAAUACUAUCUCCACAUUUUGGCUUUUAUACAGCAGCAAGCUCCAUUGCUAAACUUUGGAAUGUGACCAAUCACUUUACCACCUGGUUUGCCACCAGCCUAAGCAUUUUGUACUUCCUCAAGAUAGCCCACUUCUCCCACCCGCUUUUCCUUUGGCUGAAGUGGAGGAUGAACAGAGUGGUUUUUGGACUCCUUGUAUUUUCUUUGUUCCUCCUGACUUCUGAUGUGCUAUUGCUAGAUAGAAUUACUGAUAGCAUAGUGUUUAUGUAUGCAACAGGUAAAAGUAAUCUAACUUUAUAUUUAGAUGAAAGUAAAAUUCUUGAUGUUAAAUCCCUGAUUUUUCAUUGCUUGGUUUCUCUGAUCCCCUUUGUUCUGUCUCUAGCCUCAUUGUUCCUAUUAUUUCUGUCCUUGGUGAGACACACCAGAAAUCUGGAACUCGGCUCUGUGGGCUCUGGAGAUGCCAGCACCAAGGCCCACAAGAAGGCCAUGAAAAUGGUCUUGUCUUUCCUCUUCCUCUUCAUAAUUCACUUUUCAUUCACACAAGUGGCACCUUGGCUGUUUCUUUUAUUUCAUAAAAGCAAGUUAAUUAUUUUUUUUAUGUUAGCAUUAAAUAUCUUUCCUUCAGGCCACCCAUUUAUUCUGAUUCUGGGAAAUGGCAAACUGCGACAGACAGCCUUGCGGGUUCUGUGGUAUCUUAAAUGCCACCUGAAAAGAGCAAAUCCCUUAGCUUUCUACAUAGGUUUUCCAGAGUCCUUUAUGAGAAAGUAA